AUGAGGAUCCUCUUUCUUUUUGCUGCUUUCUUCUGUUGUUUGGUCCAGAAAAGCUCAGAAGAUCUCCCGCCUGGAAUUAGAGACACUGUCUGCCUGAUGCAACAUGGCCAAUGCAGACUUUUUUUCUGCCAUUUUGGCGAGAGAAAGAGUGACAUUUGCUCUGAUCCCUGGAAUCGAUGCUGUGUCCCCUACAUCAGUGACGAAGGAAACAGAUUUCCGUACCAGUGGGCAGCGGAUGGCGAGAGAGGCCAGCCCCUCACCUUCACCCACCAGCACUGGUGGGGGACAGAGUGGAGGGAGCCGGGAUCGGUGCGCACCACCCUCUCCUACGCCUUCCCGCAGCAGGGAUCGGUGCGCACCACCCUCUCCUACGCCUUCCCGCAGCAGGGAUCGGUGCGCACCACCCUCUCCUACGCCUUCGGAGCAGCGGAGUCGUGUUCAUCACGGCUCAGAGAGCUGGAACAACUCCAAGAAGUGGGGUCGGCUCUUCCUCGGCCCCUCGGGAAGGCGCGGAACGUCCUGUACGUGGAGCCGCAGGGCCGCACCGGGCCCAAGUCCGGCUGUGGCUCCGGGACACGGUUCUGGUCGCGAACCCGCGAGGACGCGCGCUUGGCCCGUUGGGCACGCCGGCCGCCAGGGGGCGCGCCGCGGCCACCGAAGGCUUUUGUCCCCAAGCGCCGAGGACGCUCAGGUUCCCUGGGGAACCUCCCUGCAGCCCCGCGCCCGCCCGGGACUGUGGACUCACUGCAGCGCCGGCGGGAUGGAGCGGGGAACUUUGCGUCUGGAACUGGGGCUCGCAGCCGUGGAAUAAUAAAAGCAAGCUGCCUGCGCCCACAUCCAGAGGCGCGGGGCCAGGGCGGGAUUUGUGGGCUGGGCCGGUCCCGGGGUGCGGCUGAAUUUGCCGUGUAG